UUUAUGUCAAGCAUUUAAUAUAUCAUUUUAUAACAAUAGUUUGUGUCCUGAAUAGGUUGUCUAGGCCGACGAAUGAAACAGUUCCAAUGAACAAACUAAAAAAAUGUGAUAAAAUGACCAGGUUCUAACAACUAGAAAUGCAUUCGUAAAACAUCUCAGCAUAAAUAAAUACAUUAUCAUGACUCUAUGGGAGUCACAGGGGUAUUGAUUGUAUACCAUCAAAUUUGUUUGCAAUUACAGCGGAGCGGUGUUCGUGUGAUAGGAAGCUGAACAGGUGAUCUAAAGAUCGCUAUUUUGAGUUUUGGCACGGUAGUAGGAUAGGGUAGUGUUGAAAAUAUGGACUGUAAGACAAAUAAUAACAUAUUGUUACAGUGUUGAGACGGUUAUGUUACUGUGCUAAGGCGGUAUCUAUGAACUUAAAAAAAAAAAUAAAAAAAAAAAUACCCAAGCAACAUUUGAAAGAUGCCUGGGUUGGAAGCCCAGGACUCAUCUCUCUUUCAAAAUGUCGCUUCUCUUCUAAUUACUUUGUACCUGUCAAUGAAUCCUUGUAUAUUGUAUGCUAAUUAUUCUGUAAAAUGGCUUCGUUUUGUUUGGUAUCAAAAUCCUAUCAACAACAAUUAAUAAAAGACAGUAGUUUUGUAAUAUCUUGACAACUGAAUAGCCUUUAAAAUAAAUGUCGUUGGUUCUAAGUAUGUCACCAAAUUUGUUCUGGUUGGUUCAUUGGCAUGAACUUUGCUCUAGGUGUCCGGAAACUGAUGGCCAUAUUUUAUCGGUUUGCAAUUUAUCAAAAACCGUACAAAAUCACAGAACAUACACCAUAUUCAAAGCAAUGAAGCUUCUGUUUCAAAACAUCUCAUUUAUUAUAAAAUCUGACUUUUAUAUAUAUUUAUAAAUUCAUACUGUAGAUAAUGUUGAAAUAUUGUAUAACUUUUCACAGUUUUUUAAUGGGCGGAUGUCAUAUAUAUUCCUAAUUUUAAACAUAUAUGUAUUCAUUAUGCAAGGUUUAAUUCUUCUAAUACGAGUGACGUAUUCAUUCAUGUUUUAGAAUGACAAUUAACUUUUAACAUAGUAGCCGAUAAUUUGUCACAUAGGUUAGGGUUGUGAAAAUCACAUUUACAUUUACACCGAAAGAGUAUGUAUGGUCAAAAUUUGCAUUUCAUUCAAAAGGAAAUUAUGUAUAUCACCAUCCUUAGAGAAUAUUUGUAUUCUGACGAAAGAAUUGUUUUUUUUACAAAUGCUGCUAAAGACAUGUUUUCGAAAUGUGACUUUGGUUAAACGUGAUAGUUCUGACGGUUGACACAUGAGGUUUGAUGAGCACAUAUCCAUCUUAAGCAAAUUAUUUCUCCUAAAGAUGCUGUCGUAUAAAAGUGUUAAGAGUGUGUUGCGAUUUAUACUACUCAUUGCUGUAUUCCUUAUCCACGCGGACGGUAGACAUCAAAGAUGGUACCUUUUAGGAUGCCAUUGCCGAAACUGGUCCAAAUGGCAGUUCCGGAAAAGUUUUAGAGACAGUGUUCUUAGUAUGUACCGCGGAUUAUUCAUGAAUCCUCGUGACCUUGGUCAACUUCCGGUCAUCAAACCGGAAGGUGUGAGAGGUCAUGGUUUGAACUCCUACGUAGAUGGGAUAAGGCCUCGACCUGGACCUGUUCCGAACACCAGGAAUUCAUGUUGUUAUACAGAUUAUGCUUACGAAGUGUUUAAUACCACAGUUAGUUCAAACUUCCAGUUGAAUGUUGUCCACUUUAAAAAUGCAUUCCAGUUUGUGCCAACUGGACGUUGCGCGUCAAAUGUGAGUUGCGGAGUUGGCCAGUGUUUACAAAUGUAUCGGCACCAUUGGAUGUUGGUAUGGGAUGACAACCUGCCCCAUUACCCGCCUGUCACGUUUCUACCUGUCGAGGUUCCGUCCCACUGUGAAUGUGUCAACGUGGGAAGGAGCACAUCAUGAUCUGAAGGACAUUACAUAAUGACGUCAGAAGAAUUGCUUUAUUGGGUAGAUAUCUACCUACGUCAGCAGAAGUGUGUGUUUACACAAAAUACUCUGACGUUUGUGAUAGUAUAUAUACACAUUUACUGUCGACUGUCGUGAUUUGGAGGACGCACUAUUUGCUUAAGAACGGAUGUUCCUUUGCAACGGUUGUAUUCAGCGAAUGCAUCGAAAUGAUAAAUGAAAUCUGCAAAAUGUAGAUAUAUAGGAUUGCUAUACCCUAAUUACAGCCUGAGUAUCAGCUGUGCCGGUGUAUGUCGUUGGGAAAGACUCUUUUUUAAAUACACAUAUUACUUCAAACGUUUUCAAAUAAACAGGUGAUAUAGUGGAAUAUGAAUGUGAUAUAUAUUGACACAUUUGAUAUUAUAUGACUUGAUCGUAUCUAUAAUGUUCAUCAAUGGCAGAUAAAAAUGAUUUCUAAUGACUUACUGUAUAUCGUUGUGAACUUCGAGAAAGGACAAAUGUGGAUUGAAUAUUUUUCAUGCAGGAAUAUUUUGGCUAUUCUUUGAAUAGAAAGACUUUUAAGUUACAAUCAGGCCUCCUUAUCACGUGUCAUUAUAGUAUAAUUUAAGCAGGAGACACCAAUAUAAUAUAUGUGUUUAAUGCUACGGUACGCUUGAUAAAUAUAAGGCAAUUGUGAAUUCCAUUGUUUGUUUGGGACAACGUGCAUGUACGGCAUAUGUCUAUGCGAUAUGAACUUAACCCUCUCUAUUAUAAGUAAAUAAUUAUAUUCUACCAUACAUUAUGUUCAUGUAUGAUUCUUGCAAUAAACGAAGCUAAACCACAGAUGCAAGAAUGUUACCUUUUUCCUCCUUCCUCAGUGCACUUGAUAACAUCACUAACAAAUAUACAUAAUCGACAAUAGGUUUGAAAAGUUCCAUAAUGAGCGACUUAGGCUGAAUCAUAUUCACAUGACCAUAUGGCCAGCCAUGGACAAUGAUUUGACAUGUCCUUAAGGGGAAAAUUACAAUACCCUCAAACAGAACUCUUUUGUCAAACAUUCGUUUGCUGUCUGAUGCCAUCAAAAGAAGUAAAGCGCUUUGGCGUUAUGAUGACUGUACUAAUUAUUUCACUAUAAGUAUAUUUCUUUAUCAUAAAUGUUGUAAGCCUGGAUAUUUCCAUAAAACAAUUGAGUGUUGUACGUCCUACUGACACCAAUACCUUAUAUCAAUAUAUGUUCGUCUGACAUCUAGUUAUAUGUUUUCAUAAUGAAUUCUCUGUAAUUUGUGGUGUCACAGAUUUGAAGCCCGAAACAACAUUACAACUUUUAAAGAUUAUUUGUUGGUUGUGACUAUUUGGUUACAUCAUUUGCUGUAUCUGGACACUGUCAAUAAAAGGUAAGUGUAAGUAUUAUGGGCAAUAUUUCGUUGUGUUCAAAUUCCAGUGUAUGUGAAAAAAGGUUUUGAAACAGAAUGCCACAUUAAAGGGCUAUUUGUAUAUAUCUAUUGCACGUCUUCAAAUAAAAACCCAACUCACUUUGUCA